CUGCUUUGCCAUGUCGCAUUUUGGGAAACGUUGCUUGCUUGCUGCACGAAAAUGAGCACAGCGAAUGCAAUUGGAAUCGCUCUGCACCACACUCCAUGCUCUUUAGCAGUUUUGAGGCUUGGAGCCAGCCAUCGUAUAAUCACAAGAUAUGCCACUUUUGCUGCUGGUAUUAACCUGUCACAACCAGCAGCGUUCCAGCAACAAUAUCUUAUUGAAUAAACAGCAACCCGUUUGAUGUGAGGAACUGCCAAUGUCGGUCUGAAUUACAGAUCUCUUCUUCCCCAAUGUUAAGAUGUCCUCGUGUACUAGUUACACCCAUCCGAGUGUGGGUGCUGUAUUGACGUUUUGCAGACUAUCCCGUCUGACAUAUUCAACUUUUCUGUGGUUGGAGCUUUCCUUGCUGUGGAUGCCUGGCUGUAUUUCCCAGGCAGAAAGAAAGGUAUAGGACAACAUUGAUCUCUAUUCUUAUUUUUAGACUAUUUGGUGGCGUUAAUUAUAUAAUGAAUCGAGCCUAUGAUAAUUCCUGAGCUUAUUCUCUGGCUCUCUUGACGUUUUUUGGUUUAAGGUUUUUGUACCUCACAUUUUUUUUUGUCUAUGGGUAAAAGCGAUCAAAUUCAAAAAUAGUUGAACUUGAAAAACCUUGAGAAAAGUGCAAGUCGAAAAUGAAUGUGUGACCAAGUUGAGGGACCGCGAUCCGGUUUUCACGCCCAACAGGUGGAUGACGACGGUCACGCUCCAAAGUGCCUCAAGGUUUUCUUGUUGUUGUUGUUGAUCUCAAAAUUGUUGCUUUGGUUAUUCGCGUUUGACAUUGCACAUUCCUCGCCGCCGAUGGAUCUCGUCAAGAAAAGCGCAGCAACGCCCUUAACAAUUUGUUUUGUCAGCCAAUGCAAAUCAGAACCGGUCGUGCACAGAUCCAAGGGCAUGGCCAGUCAUUGAGCUCAUCGUCCGUUUAUCUUUUCUUUGGAUCUGCUCGUCGUUUUUUAUUCUGCGCUGCUUAGUUUUGGGUGGGUGGGUGGUGCUCGGGAAUUGCAACCAAUGUUGCGACUUGCUCUUUGAAACGACGAUCGUGGCCAAGAUUUGCUAGAAUAGUUGAUUGGCGGUAGUUGGGACUUGUGGCUGCAGCAGAGCCGCAGCGGCUCGGUGUCGGCCAAUGUAGCGCUGCCGUUCACCACCACCAGACUUGCUGUGCAGCACCAGAUCAUUGGCAAAAUCGAAGAUCGUCAGCGAUCAUGGCGUCGAUGGCGUCUCUCGUCAGAAAGUACCUGGUUGGCUUCGUUUUCCUCAUCUUUCUCCUCUUCCAACAAGCCAUCAUCUGGAUGGCCAAUUCAAAUGGACACCAGCAGCAGCAGCAGCCAACAGGAGUUGCGGUGAUGGUGGCAGUGCCCACGUCGACGCCAGCAACGACCACAACAACGAAGGAUUCAACAUCAUCCAGCACCAGGCGGAUUUUGAUCGUGUCGACUUGGCGAUCGGGAUCGUCGUUCCUGGGCGAACUCAUCGCCAGUUCACCCGGCGUUUUCUAUUCGUUCGAGCCCAUGGCCAAACACGUCCCGUUCCUGUUCCGCUGCCACUUUCCCGACGACUACAUCCGGUUCAUCAACGGGACCAAUCACGUGAAACUCAACCGGCGGAUCUACGACGAGUGCCAAUAUUACAAGCGGCCGUCAUUGUGCCACCAGCCGCAAAUGCUGGCUCAGCUCUGCGCUUCAUUUCCCGUCAAUUUGAUCAAGGCCGUCGAGUUGUCUGUUAAAGAUCUCAUCGCCUUCACCACCAAUUCGUCGUCGGCUCUUGCCAGCGAUCCCGUGACGGACCGUUGGAAAAUUAUUUACCUGGUCCGCGAUCCUCGCGGCACCAUGGCCUCCAGGGCCAAAUUGAAGUGGUGCAUGGCCAAUCGGAAUUGCCGGGAACCGGCCCGACUCUGUAGCCGCAUCGAAGAAGAUCUCGACUUGCUGGAAAAACAUUUCACGGCCGGCCGGGAUUACCUGCUGCUCAAAUUUGAAGAUUUGGCCGUCAACGUCCAAUCGGAGACGGAAAAACUUUUCCGCUUCCUCCAACUGCCCGUCACGAACCUCACGACGGCCUUUCUCGACACCCACACGCAGUCGAAUAACCAAACGGCCCAAGAGGAUCCGUUUUCCACCGUUCGCAAAUCGGACGCCGUGGCGUUCGGCUGGAAAACGAAAUUGUCGCCGAAACAAAUCGCCAACAUCACCGAGUCCUGCGCGCCACUUUUGAAAAAGAUGGGCGUGAUCGUUUAGCCAAAUUUGCCUCUCAUUGAAUCCUUCUACAUUCCGUUCCCGCGCGUACAUCAUUUUCCAAAUAAAUUAUUGAUAACCGGA